GACAGCAACGUCGGCGAGAGCAUGGCCAUCCAGGACAGCGCCGAGGGCCAGGUGAGCAGCGUCGUCGGCCAGGGCGGCGCCGAGGGCCAGGUGGGUAGCAUUAUCGGCCAGGGCAGCGCCGCAGAGGGCCAGAUGAGCACCGCAGAGGGCCAGGUCAGCACCGCAGAGGGCCAGGUCAGCACCGCAGAGGGCCAGGCCGGCAUCGAGGGCCAGGUGAGCACCGCAGAAGGCCAGAUGAGCACCGCAGAGGGCCAGAUGAGCACCGCAGAGGGCCAGGCUGGCAGCGCCGCAGAGGGCCAGGCUGGCAGCGCCGCAGAGGGCCAGGGCAGCCCCGAGGGAGGGGCCAGGCUGGCAGCGCCGAGCACCCUCGACGCGCCCAGCGGCUCAGAUCCUACGAUAGGCCAGUGGGACACGAGUGACCGCUCCACCGAAGCCGACGACGGCAGCAGCGAUGACGACGAAGACACGUUGGCUGAGAAGCUCAGUAAGUACGCCACUUGGCCUAAGGAGAUUGAAUCAGCGAUGACGGAGGUUGCAGACCUGACAGAUGACGACACGCAGAUGGAGAUUGCCUUAGCGCUGUCGCGCGCGUCUUUCUCGGCCCAGCAGGCGGUCGUGAUCGAUGUCGAGUUGCCGCUCGUCGACGAGUCCGCGAAACCUCAGUCCUCAAGUUAUAGGUCGCCCCUACUCGACUUGAGCUCUGUGGCGACGCCGUCCGAUGCCUGCUGCGACCCGACGCUGACGGACAGGUGCCCAGGGGCAUGCACGCAGGCAGAGCUGGAGGAGAUGAAGGACAAGAUGGAGGAGACGAGGAAGCGCAAUUCUUUGAGUUCGGAGUGGGGGUCGGAUGACGCGGAGCUGGGCCAGCGGCUGGAGAAGAGUCUGAAGCAGCCCCCGAACCCGCUGGAGCGCAUUCCAUUUGCGGGUGAUCCUCCGCCUCCGAUGACACCAACGACGUUCGACCCGUACCUCGACGACGAGAUGGCCAGCGUCGCGCUGACGGAUCCCUACGGCAGCGCUAUGCAGGACUACCCCAGCGAUUGCGACAUUGAGGAUGAGACUAUGUACGGCGUCGUGGCUACUCCAACAUUGGGACUGUUGGCGGCGGGGGUGGACGGCGCGUCACCAAUCAGGAUGCCGAGGAAGUCGGUGCCAGACAAGCUGGAUCUCAUCGAGGCCCUCAACCUGGAGAUGAACAGGUUGAGGGGGGAUCUGAACCCCGACAACACCGACGAGUGCGAGUUCGCCAUGACAUCCUUUUUCCAGAGCGGCCUGAUCGAGACCCUUCGCCAGAGUCGGAAGAAGGACGAAGCGACGGUUGAGCAGGAGCAGCAGGAUGACAAGUCGCCACCUCCCGACGUGGAUCUCUGGACUGAGCUGAAGGCGCGCGGGUUCGUGUUCAGCGCCGACAAGUCGAAAGGCAACCCCAUGGGAGGAAUAUGGGACCGAGCUUUGAAUUCCAACAAGAAGCUGAGGGGCGAUUAUAUGGCCACGAAGGGUUACGUGAACAAGAAGUUGUUCCGAGCGGACUGGGCCAAAGGCGAAUUUGAGAAGUGGGAGAAGAAAUGCCAGUACACGAAGUCGGACAGCCAUACCGUCAGCGACAUCAAGGACGCAGAGUACAUGACGAUGGGGAGAGUGGCAUGGAAAUGCGGCGGCGGACGCUCAGGGAUGAGGAUGGCGCAGAACUAUUGCCAGAAGUGCAUCCUCAUGGGUGGCAUCUGGUGCAAGUGGUGCGAGAUGUCGGAGACCCUCUUGUUCUUGUGGACGACGCAGAAGCUCCGCGAUGCGUGGACCAGGUCGUGGACUUCUUUCGAGACGUGGUCGUCGACUUCGCCAUCACCUCCGACGGUAGCGGCGCCGCCGAUCAUGGAUGUCGACGCCGCCGCUGGCGCGGGGCCACCGCCGCAAGAGGUGCCGCAAGCGGCUCCACCUGCUCCAGCUACUCCUGUGGUCGCGAAGGCAUCGAGCCCAGGACCUCCGAGUGUGCCAGGUACUCCAGAGGAAGCAGCUGGCUCAGGUUCGAAGGUGCCAACUGUUGCCAUGCUCGAGACGCCCCAGCAGGUCAACAAAAACGAAGGCCUCGCGGAGUCUGCUGAGAAGAGGCCCGCCCCUGCAGCGGAGGGGGCGGCGCGCCGCAGUGCCAAGCGCAAGGCCGGCGCCGAUGGCGGUGGCGACGGCAGCUCUGGCGCCGGUGCGGCUGGCAAGACCCCGAAGAUCACCGUCGCCCCCUGGCUGGCGAACUUGAGGAAGCUGCGCUCGGGCUACGUGCAGGUCAGCGCGCAGGACAAGACCUGGAAGUGGGCGAAGGGCAAGGAGGUCCGCGGCGACUUCGACGCCGCUCACGAGCGGGCAAUGCAGGGGGAGGGUGAUCA